AAAACUUGAGCCGGCCCCGGGGCUGCUCAGAGCGGACCGCCCGCCCGCCGGCCCCUUGCGGAGAGGGGCAGGGAGCGGCGUGGGCGCCUCGGCUGGGCUCCCUUCCACCCCCGGCUCCUGCUCCCCCCUCGCUGUGGGCUUGCGCCGGGCUCCCCUUUCCCUGCCCCUGUUCCGCGGGGGGGGCUCUGCUGGGCUCCCCGGCCCCCUCCCCUGCGCGCAGGGGGCUCGGCUGGCCCCGCGGCGCUGCUGUGUGCGCGCAGCGCCGUGUUGAUCCCCUUGCCGCUCUCCCCCGCCCCCAGCCUCUCCUCCGGCUCGCUCCUCUCUCCCGGCUCCAGACCCCGGCUGCGCGUGUGUCUGGGGGGGAUCCCCGUUUCCCAAGCAGCGCUGUGUCCGCCCCCACCCGCCUGCUGCUCCAUGGCAGGGCACGAGUGGGACUGGUUUCAGCGGGAGGAGCUGAUCGGGCAGAUUAGCGACAUCCGAGUGCAAAACCUCCAAGUGGAGCGGGAAAAUGUGCAGAAGAGAACCUUUACCAGGUGGAUAAAUCUACAUUUGGAGAAGUGCAAUCCUCCUCUGGAAGUGAAAGAUUUGUUUCUUGAUAUUCAAGAUGGGAAAAUCUUGAUGGCUUUGCUGGAGGUGCUGUCGGGGCAAAAUCUGCUGCAUGAAUAUAAGUCCUCAACCCAUCGUAUUUUUCGGUUGAACAACAUAGCUAAAGCACUGAAGUUUUUGGAGGAUAGUAAUGUAAAACUGGUUAGCAUUGAUGCAGCAGAAAUAGUGGAUGGAAACUCUUCUCUGGUACUUGGACUAAUAUGGAAUAUAAUCCUGUUUUUUCAGAUUAAAGAAUUGACAGGCAAUCUCAAUAGGAACUCCUCCUCUUCCAGCCUGUCAUCUGGGCCCAGCGGGGCUGACUCAGACACAUCUCAUCCGAGCACUCCUAAUAUAGAGAGAAGCAUGUCUCUUUCAGUGAAGGAUCAGCGAAAAGCAAUCAGAGCCCUUUUAACUUGGGUUCAAAGGAAAACCAGAAAAUAUGGUGUUGCAGUUCAAGAUUUUGCCAGCAGUUGGCGGAGUGGCCUUGCUUUCUUAGCUAUAAUAAAAGCAAUAGAUUCCAACUUGGUAGACAUGAAGCAAGCUUUGGAGAAAUCAGCUCGGGAAAAUUUAGAGGAUGCUUUCAGCAUAGCACAAGAUAAUCUUGGUGUUCCUAGACUUCUGGAGCCAGAAGAUGUAAUGGUUGAGUCACCUGAUGAACAAUCAAUUAUGACGUAUGUGGCACAAUUUCUGGAGCAUUUCCAAGAGACAGAAGGGGAAAAUUUUUCAGAUCCUGAUAAGAAAAUCCCAAUUGAAGCCACACAUGUCCAUAUCAAAGACGCACCUUCAGAACAAGAGGGCAAGAUCUUGAUAUUGAAUGAAAAUGGAGAACGUAUGUACACCGUUAGCCAUGAAAGGAGCCACUCUCCUCCUACAAAGGUUCGUGUCCGUGAUUUGCCCGAGGAAUUCCAGUCAGAAACUGCAGAUGAAGAACUUAAUGACAAAUUGAAUCAACCGUUAUCAGAUAAUUCACAGAGAGUCUCAGAAGAGUCAUUGGUUUUGUUGUCUGCAGAAGAACCUCAGAGGCCUACCUCUUUGCAGAUUACAGGAUCUGUCAGUUUUGAAUCCAGUUCCUCUUGGGAAGUUCUUAGUGAUAAACUGAUUCAGAAUGAAGGGAGCAUAUCUGAUGAUCAACUGAAACAGAAUGAUGACCUUUCAGCAACUAUUUUGCCUGAUCAGAAAAAUGCUGUUAACACAGUUGAUUCAGAAUCAUCUUCUAAAGAAGAAUUUACUAUAAAGAUGUCUCCUGAAUGCAACAAUGAAAUUAAGGAUUCACUAGUCAACAAAACAUGGGAUAGUUGUUCUUUGAGCCCAUUAUCUCAGACUUCAGAUGCACAUACAAAUGAACCUACAAAUCUAGUAGAAAACACUGAACCCAUAACUUCAACUUUUCUACAGGAAAAUGCUUCCAAAGAAGAGGAUAUACGUAAAUAUGUUUUGUGUCUACUAGAUGAAGAAAUAUCUAAAAAACUUCCAGACAGGUAUGAACAUCCAGAACAAUCACCUGUUCUUCAGACAGUACAAGAUACCAAUUGUUCAUCCAGGGAUUCUGAUCUCAAAGGUGAAAUGGAAAUAUCUUUGUCUUGCAAAUCUGAAAAUUCAACCCCUCCAGUUACAAAAGUUCCUGAGAAUCUUGAUAGUCAUAGUGAAGAUGGAUCUUCAGCUAAAAUGUCACCAAAUUCUUUGAAAGUUUCUGUAAUUCCCCACGAUCUUUUCUACUACCCACAUUACAAUGUUCCCAUAUCAGCAGUUUUGGAAGCUUUUGCUAAGCCUAGUCCUGCCUCUUAUGUUUCUGAAAACAGCAAAAUCUGUGGUGAGCUAUCAAUGAAUUAUUUGCAUGAAGGGGAGCCAUUGGUACUAAACAAUGAAAGAGGCAUUCUGGACCCAGGUCUGCAAACCAACCUGAGUGUCUCUCCAGCAGAAUUGGUUGCUGAGGACAUAGAGGAGAAAGUGGGUCCUGACAGUCCCACUAAGUCCUCCUCUGAAAAAGUACAGGCUGCCCGAAUAGGAAAGAAUGUGGAACUCAAGAAAGACAGCAGCAUAUCCACAAACUCUCAAGAUUCUACAAAUCCAGAAAAUCUUGAGGUCAUGGUAGACCAGUUCGAGGAUAUACCAUCAGCAAUGUUGAGAUCAGAAAUAAGCAGUAAAAGGAAGGAAAAAAAGAAAAAUGUGAUCCAAGCAGAAAACUUUCAGACUUCAGAAACUGGGACUACACAGUUACCUGAUAAACAAAAAGAAGAAAUCAUUGAUUAUCAGGAGUUUUCCAGGGUUAGCUACAGCGAUUCUAGUGUUUACCUCCGAAAAAGGAUUCCUAAUCCCAGUGAAAAGGAACACGUUAGUGAAAACAAACAGAAGAACACAGACAUGGAUGAAAGCACAAAUCUGUUAAUUAUCAGGAAGAAAAAAGACUUAGAGGCUCCGGAGAAUGCUAUUCCACCUCUUGAGCCUCCAUGUGUAGAGCAACCCGAGUUAUUUUACUUCAUUGUUUUCCUCUGGGUGCUGGUCUACUGCCUGUUGCUCCUUCCGCAUCUUGUUAGCAACAAAUUUUGAUCUCUGUGAGUGUGGGAAUAAUAAAAGACAGUGGCUUGAUUUUU